AUGGCAGAAAAUUCCUUGGAUGGUACAGCAGGCAAAGAAGUGAAUUUGGAUCAAUUUAUAAAACCUCCUGCAAAUCUAGUUGUUCUUGAAGGUGACUGCUUCGAUGCUGGUGGUGAUGGAGGAGAAUUGGAGUCUUUUCUGUUGUCCACCACUGACCUGUACCAGGACUUUAUUUUAUUGGACACAUCCGAUGCUGUUGCAGUUCAUGAGUUUUUGAAGGGUAGCAAAGCUGCCACAACUCAGAAUGAUGCUAAUAGAGGAAACUCAGGUCGUAAAAGCUUUCUUUCUCCAGGAUGUACUGGUGGAAGUGCUCGUAGAUUAUCAGCUGCUAAGAGUCUGUGUGCUAAUUCCAACUGCUCUCCUAAACAUAAUUGUGGUAUUGGUGAUGAAAAUGUUCGGCCCAGUUUUCCUGCUUCUGCUGGUCUUGACGACUGCAAUUAUGAAUUUGAUAUGAAUCAUGGAUGUGAUGCAUCUUGGGAUUCAGACAGUUCAGAUGAUGAUAAUGAUGAUCCAUGGAAACCUUUGAAUCCUCAUGAACUGGGCAACUUGAUGGUGAAGCCAUUCAGAAAAGCGAAAGUUUUAAAAAAGAAUAACGUUAAUGUGAAACAACCAGUUACUAUGAUCUCCUUGUUUCCACUUGCGAAAUUCCAUGGCCCUAUCAGUCCAGAGCUCAUGGAAAUGUGGGAGAUGCGACAUAACGUCCGUGACAGACAAAGGGAUUCUCAAGCUCCAUCAUAUGAGAAGCUGAGGCAAUCUCUGGUUAACGAGGGGAAUGAAACUGGUGGAACAUUUAACACCGAAGUUGACAAUGAUGACGUUGAGUAUGCUAGUGGAAUUCCUGAUUUUGAUAUGCCAGACAAUGCUUUCAUGGAAGAAGAUCUGCCUCCCUUCAAUAAUGAGCCUGCAUUUGAUGAUGCUGAUGUCAACGUUGAUGAAGCUGUAGAUCUUUCUCAGGCUAGUCUGGAAGAUCUUUGCCGCUCUCACCUGGAUGCUCUCCUGGCAAGCAUUGCUAAAACUGAGAAGCAAACUGAAAUGGCCACUAGGGUUUCAACAUGGAAACAAAGAAUUGAGCACAAUUUGGAAGAACAGGAAUCACAUCCACCAUUUGAUAUCCAAGAUUAUGGUGAGCGAAUUCUUGACAAGUUGUCCCUGCUCUCCCUUGAGGCAAGCAGUAGCAGUGUCAUGUCCUUUUCUGAUUUGGUCAAGGGUCAAGAAAAGUAUGAUGUGGCCCGAAGUUUUUCUUCCCUUCUUCAACUGGUAAACCAUGGAGAAGUAGCUCUAGAAAGAAAUGGAGUUGAUGAGAAGUCUGUCUGCUACACAUCUGUUAAUCCAUUUCAUGUUAGGCUCCUUAAGCAUGGUAAGGAACGGGAGGAAGCUCAGUUUGGUUUACCAAAAAAGAGAGCUAAGUCUCCAACAAAAAAAUCCUCUGGAAAAGGUGACAAGAACAAAACUGAAAGGGAAAAGUCAUCAACAAAAAAUCACUCUACAAAAGGUCAUAAGAACAUAUUUGAAAGACAAAAGUCUCCAACAAAAAGACCCUCUAGAAAAGGUGAUAAGAACGAAACUGAAAGAGAAAAAUCUCCCGCAUCUUCUAGGAGAUAUGGAUCAACUGGUGUGUCACCACCAACAAAUUGUAAGCUUUCUGUAAAGCUUGGAAAGGUGAGUGCGUUGAAGUUAUCCCCUGAAGCCAAAAGAAGGCGUAGAUCUCAGUAUGUUGAACCAGUUAAUUUACAUUCGGCAGGGUGA